AAGGAGACGGAGCCCCGAAACGGAAGAAAACAGCAGAUGCUCCCACCGCUCCACGCAGGUCGAGAAGAGUGGGGCUCCCCUCUACGGGGGCCUGUGUGCUGUGUGUGUGUUUGUGCAAGCGGGACACGCAAGUGCGGACAGCCUUGCUGCCGAUGCCGACUUGCUAGGUGUCGUGAACGUGAACAACUGAAUUGGCAUCGCUGCUUAGCGCCGUCGUCCCGCUCCGUGCGCUCCUCAGUCAGUCCACUGCAGUGCUCCGAGACGUUUGGUCGCGUCCUCGUCGGGCUGCACAGUGCGUGACGAAACGAUUCGAAUUCACAGUAACGUAAACAGGAAGUGCGUUUCAACCAAGACCGACCGCCCUCCCCUGGUCGCGUCGAGCAUCAUCGCAGGCAAAACCUCGUGGCACCUUAACCGAAACGUCUCCACAUAGAACACAGCUCGGAAACAGCGCGCGCGUACACUCUCCACCGGAAGGCUAACGCAGAAUGGCGGAAGCCCAUUCAGCCGUAGCAUUCAGCUUUUCGAUAACACACGAAGGAUGGGACGUAAACUUCGAUCGAGAAGUACUCCACUUGGUCUGGCAGUCUGGUGUACGAUCAUGGAAAAAAAGAUUCUUUCGAUUUCAGAACAAUCUGAAAAGCGGCGUUUAUCCAGCUUCUUUGGAGAGUCUAUGGAUCACUGUAAUUUUAGUAACGGCGAUACACUUUGCUGGUUAUAAAGUUCCGUAUGACCUCGUUGGAAAAGUUUCACCAUAUCUUUUUGCAUCCUCGAUACUAGCACAUCUGGCAGGCUCCUUCGUAGUCGGGCUGUUUUUAUGGUUGGCAGUCAUAUACAUGAUUCGAUAUACGCUGAAAUUGUUACUUAUGUACAAAGGAUGGAUGUACGAGUCAAGAGGCAAAGGUCGCAGGCCAUCAAAGUUGACUCAGGUCUGGGUGUUGCUGGUGAAAUUGUUUUCAGGUUGGCAUAAGCCCAUGUUAUACAGUUUCCAAGGAUCACUGCCACGAUUGCCGCUACCGACAGUACCUGAUACUAUGAAGCGGUAUCUGAGGAGUGUACGGCCGUUGCUCGAUGAUGAGAAUUACGCUCGCAUGGAAAAGUUGGCCAACGAGUUUCAGAACGGCAUCGGAGUCAAGUUGCAACGUUACCUGAUUCUUAAGUCUUGGUGGACCACCAACUACGUAUCUGAUUGGUGGGAGGAGUAUGUUUAUUUACGCGGUAGAUCGCCUUUAAUGGUUAACUCGAAUUUUUAUGGAAUCGAUGCCAUUCUCUCGCAUCCUACAAACGUACAAGCCGCGCGAGCCGCAGCCGUAAUAUAUUCCUGCUUACAAUAUAGACGUCUCAUCGAACGCCAAGAGUUAGAACCGAUUCUAGUACAAGGAAUAGUACCAUUGUGUUCUUGGCAGUAUGAAAGAGUAUUCAAUACUACACGAAUUCCAGGAAUUGAAUGUGAUAAAAUUGUGCAUUACCAGGAUUCUAAACAUAUUGUAGUGUAUCAUAAGGGCAGAUAUUUCAAGGUUUUAAUUUAUUACCGAAAUAGAAUUCUUCAAGCCUGUGAGAUAGAACUUCAAAUUCAACAAAUUUUGGAUGAUAAUUCAACACCAUCAGAAGGAGAGGAGAAAUUGGCUGCUUUGACAGCUGGUGAAAGAACUGCCUGGGCACAAGCCAGGAAAGACUUCUUCACGAAAGGUGUAAAUAAGGCUUCUUUGGACAUUAUUGAGAAGGCCGCAUUUGUGGUCGCAUUGGACGAUGUACCUUAUGAAUACGAUCCAAAACAUCCAGAAAAAUUGGAUCAUUAUGGUAGAGUCCUAUUACACGGAAAAGGAUAUGAUCGAUGGUUCGAUAAAUCUUUUACGCUAUGCAUUGGAAGCAACGGCAGAAUUGGCUUCAACGCAGAACAUUCUUGGGCAGAUGCUGCAGUCAUGUCACACUUGUGGGAGUACAUAGUAUGUUCGGAGUUCCUGGAUCAACAGGCCGAUGCGCCAGUGCUCGGAACUCUAUGGGAAUUUAUUAUAGCUGCUGAUAUUGAAAUCGGAUAUAAGGACGGACAUAAUGCGGGUAAUCCAGAAUUUGCACCUCCAACUCCAAUUCGAUUGCAAUGGGAUUUAAAUGCCAAAUGUGUUGAAGCUAUUGAACAAUCUUAUAAAGUAGCGCUCAGUAUAUUAAAUGAGAUUGAAUUACGUGUUUAUGUGCAUGAUGCUUAUGGAAAAGGUUUGAUGAAAAAUCACUCCAUAUCACCAGACGCUUAUAUACAAAUGGCAUUACAAUUAGCGUAUUAUCGUGAUGCUGGUAAAUUUAAUUUAACUUAUGAAGCUUCCAUGACGAGGUUGUUUCGAGAAGGUAGAACAGAAACAGUUAGACCAUGCACUAUUGAAUCUUCUAAAUGGGUUAAAGCUAUGGAAGAUAAAACAAUAACGGUAACAGAAAAAAUCAAGUUGUUAAUGGAUGCAGUGGGAAGACAUCAAAGAGGUUAUCAAGAUGCCAUGUGUGGUAAAGGAAUAGACAGGCAUCUGUUCUGUUUAUAUGUAGUAUCAAAGUACUUAGAAGUAGAUUCACCAUUUUUGAAGGAAGUUCUAAGCGAGCCAUGGAGAUUGUCAACAUCGCAAACGCCACAUGGCCAAACAUCAAAAUUGGAUUUGAAGAAGUAUCCCAACUGUAUUUCAGCUGGUGGUGGAUUUGGUCCUGUAGCCGAUGAUGGCUAUGGUGUUUCUUACAUAAUUGCAGGAGAAGAUCUUCUAUUUUUCCAUGUUUCUAGUAAACGAUCUUCAUCAAAAACGGAUGCCGCCAGAUUUGCAAAACAAAUCGAGAAAGCACUUGGCGAUAUGAAAGACUUGCUAGAACAAAAAAAGAAAAUACAUCAGAAUGGAUCUGCGUAACUUAUUCAUUACCUAUAGCGAUCGCGUGCAAAAGUAAUUAAUUAUAGACUACGCAAUUAUGCGGAAUUUAUAACACCAGAUAACUUUUGGCUCGUGGAAGGAUUCGAUAAUGUAAACAUAGUUUUAAUGUUUAAAAUAUAAUUUUCCUAAGAGUUUUUUUUUUCGUAGACAAUUAUUUUAUUAGAUAAAGGUUAUAAAAAAAAUUACGGGCCCAAAAUUCAAAAUACAUUAUAGACAUUGCACAUAUAGAGGUAGAUUUUAUGGAAUCAUUUCAUUUGUCAUAUAUGUAUCAUUUCUCAUAAUUAUCAUCUUUAUUAUUAAAUAAUCGUUUAUAAACUGACAAUUUAUGCGUGAUUUACUAACAAUGUUGCACAGCAAAGUGUCCACAAAAGUACCAAAUCUCGAUUAUUUGCUGUUCAAUAUUAGAAAUUAAAAAAAAAACUUGACAUUAAUAUACAGAAAUCUAAAAAUUGACUGUAAAUCUUAUUAUUAAAAUUGUUGAACAUUUCAUGUGAUAUAAAAAAAAGUUAUUGAAGUGAAAACUUAAAUAAUGAAAACACCAAAUUUUGUAAGAUUUCAUGAAUGCAUAUUAUCACACUGCAUAUCCACUACAAGUAUAUAAGCGGUUUAAUAAUUUUAUUAUGCAUAGAUAUGUGUACUAUAUCCUAAUUUAGCAUCAACAAGUGAUUUAUACAAGUAUGCAAUGCAAUUUACGCAUAUUAAGAAAUGAUUUUCUUUCUGUUAUUAUAUACAAGUGGUAGACAAGUAUUGCCUUUAUCUUAAUAUGAAGAGACAUCGAUCUGUAUGAUCAAUCUCGUCAAUUUAAUAUCUAAUGAGAUAGAGAUGUGCAACUACGAAUAUGUGAUUACUCCAAUUUCUUUUUUAGGUAAAUGUUUAAGCGAUGCCAUAUAUUGAUAUGUGCAACUUAUCAAUGCAAAAUGUUUUAAUUGUAAGUAAUUACUAAUUGUAAGCAAUUUUAUACUUAGAAAAGAAGCGUAUAAUUACAUUUCCCAUAUAUAUUUGUUAAAGAUAUAUUUAAAAAUAAUGGUGCUUUUAAACCCUUGUUGUUAUUUUUUGGUGGUGUUAUAAUUAAAACAUUAAGAUAUUUAAGCGUAGGAGAUAUAUGAAAUGAAAGAUGAUAAGAUAUACGUAACAUUUUUGUAUACUUAAUUUCAUCUUUGUAUAUUUACUGAAAGUUCUGAUAAUAAUAAUUGUAAAGAUGUGAAAUUGUACGAUAGAAUUUCGUCUGUUAGUCCGCAUAACUUUGACAUCCACUAUAUAUAGAACUUUUAUGGAAAUGACACUGCUAGACAUUUGCAGGAAAAUUCCUGAAAGAUCUAAAAUAUGCUUAUCGAGAAAAAAAA